GCUCCAGUCCCAGGACCAAGCUGCGUGCAGUCAUACUAGACCCAGAGGUGGUGUUUGUGGCUAACCUGAUGAGAGCCGACGCUCCGGCGCUGGUUGCCUCCUUCCAAUGUGACUUCAGUCUGAUGCUAGAGCCUGGGGGAGGGCCCGGGGCCCCUGGGGGAGGGCAAAGCAUGACGGCCAACCUCAGAGAGCUCAAAGUUCUGGCCUGUCCCUUCAUCAGGACCAAUGAGACCAAGGUGGUCACCACGGUGCUACGUCCGUGUUCUGUCUUCCUGGAAACCAAAACCCACCCCAACCAACCCCUUUCCGGCUGUGUGACUGUGGAGGAAGUCAUUAUCAAAAUCUCCCCUGUCAUCCUGAACACAGUGAUGACCAUCACGGCAGCCAUGACGGCGAAACCCAAAGACGAGGCAGCAGAGGAGGAGAAGACCGAGGUCGGCAACCUGUGGUCGACCAUGAACAUCUACGCCUGCAACUACUGGUUCCUGGGAGUGGACUCUGCCAGCGAGGUGACGGAGAGUUUCAGUGACCAGGACGGCCGUAACUUUGGGGAGAGUUUCAAGGUGGAUGUGAAGGUUAUUCAGGUGACCAUGGAGUCUGGUCUGGGCCACAGGACGGUCCCCCUCCUGCUGGCUGAGAGCUCUCUGUCUGGGACGGCCAAGAACUGGUCCUCCCUCCUCUACCUCUGCUCUGACAUGACCCUGGAGGUGAACUACUUCAAUGAGACCCAUGCUGUCUGGGAACCGCUGAUAGAGAGAGUGGAGGACGGCAAACGCAGGUGGAACCUCAAGCUAGAGAUGAAGAACAACCCCGUGCAGGAUAAGAGCCCUGUUCCCGGGGAUGACUUCGUGGUUCUCCCCGAGCCACGCACCGCCAUCAACAUCUGUUCCAAAGACACCAUGAACAUCACCGUCUCUAAGUGCUGCCUCAAUGUGUUAACCAACCUGGCCAAGGCAUUCUCUGAGGGCACAGCCUCUACCUUUGACCACAGUCUGAAGGAGAAGGCCCCCUUCACCAUCCGCAAUGCGCUGGGCAUCCCUCUCACCGUGCAGCACAGUGCCAACCUGCGGGUGGUGGCCUCCCCUGGGCAGGGCAAGCUCCACGAGGUGGGGGUAGGGCAGAGCGUGGACCUGGAGUACUCUGGGUCGGGAACCUCGACACGGGGCAAACUGUCUGCUUUGCAACGCCAGGAGAGCUGCCUCUUCAACCUCAGCAUCGCUCCUACAGGUUACAGUGAGAUCUCCAACAUGGCGGUGGAUCAGCCUGGCAGGAGGCUGUAUAACGUGAGAGAUCCCGUGCUGCAGGAGAACGUGUCCGUGUUGGUACAGACUGACGCCUCAGAGGGAAACAAGGUCAUCACCGUCCGUUCUCCGCUACAG